AUGACUCAACCGAAUCUUUACUCGUUUUCCCAACAACUUCUAAUAGAAAAGCCACCCGCACUAUUAGAUACAAUACGUAAUCUUGUAUCUAAUACGCUGGCCCCAUUUCAACAAGAUUAUUGUUAUUGGCCAUGGGCAAAAAUAGGAGCAGCUGCUAUUGUAUGCAUUGGUUCCUAUAGUCUUUAUAAAUACUUGCCUGGAUCUUAUCGACGUUAUUACAUGUCGUCCACAAGGAAAUUUUCUCAACGUUAUAAUCAAGUUCUUCAUUUAGAAAAAGAAGCACUUUUUAACGAAUUAAAAAAUGUGAAAACGAGAGAAGACGGAAGAAAACUUCAAGUUCUUGAAAUUGGUGCUGCACAUGGUGCUAAUAUGCCUUAUUACCCACGACAUCUUGUUGAAGUGAUUUGUGUUGAACCCGUACGUGAAUUUGUAACGUACUUGAGAGAAACACUUCAACAAAAUCCACAUGUAAAAUGCAGAGAAUUAUUAGUUGGUAAUGCAGAAAAUAUAUCUGUUAUUCGGGAUAAUCAGAUUGAUGCAGUGGUAUCAACGUUAACACUUUCUUCUUGCAGAGAUGUCGAUCAAGUACUAAGUGAAAUUCGUCGCAUUCUCAAGCCUGGUGGUAUUUUUAUUUACAUGGAAAAUAUUCACUCGUCGAAUGCUUUCAUCGCUUUAAUUCAAUAUAUUUGCUCACCAAUAUAUAGAUUUUUAUUUGGUAUUUCAUUAGUAAGAAAUAUUCCAGAACAUAUUGAACGAGCGCAUUUUAAUGGUGGUGUCACACAGCAUAUAUUUAUUGUUCAUGGUAUCUCGUUUCUUCUAAGUCCUCAUGUAUCAGGUAUUGCGAGAAAAUGA